AUGGGCCCUCCAGCCCCGCCUCCCCGGCGGCCUGGGUGCGGGCGCGGGCACGGGCCGUCCCGCCCCCCCGGCGGCCUGGUGCUGGUGCGAGUGUGGGGCUCUCCAGUGCCCCCCGGCGGCCUGGCGCGCGGGUGCGGGUGUGGGGCUCUCCAGCGCCCCCGGCGGCCUGGUGCACGGGUGCGGGUGUGGGGCUCUCCAGCGCCCCCCUCGGCGGCCUGGCGUGGGUGCGGGCACGGGCUCUCCAGCGUCCCCCGGCGGCCUGGCGUGGGUGCGGGCACGGGCUCUCCAGCGCCCCCCGGCGGCCUGGUGCGCGGGUGCGGGUGUGGGGCUCUCCAGCGCCCCCCGGCGGCCUGGUGCUGGUGCGAGUGUGGGGCUCUCCAGCGCCCCCUGGCAGCCUGGCGCGUGGGUGCGGGUGUGGGGCUUUCCAGCGUCCCCGGCGGCCUGGUGCAGGUGCGGGUGUGGGGCUCUCCAGCGCCCCCUGGCGGCCUGGCGUGGGUGCGGGCACGGGCUCUCCAGGGCGCCCGGCUGCCUGGGCCCCCGCCGUCUGUGCUACCUGCUUGUGGUGCCCGGAUCAGACGGGAAGGCCCCGGGGACUUGCAACAUCUGUGCUUCCUCCGUUUCAGCUGUGUGGGAGUAGAAGAGGAGGAGGCCCCAGACAUCGACAUAUACCACUGCCCGAACUGCGAGAAAACCCACGGGAAGUCUACCCUGAAGAAGAAGAGGCCCUGGCACAAACAUGGCCCAGGGCAGACGCCCGACGUGAAGCCCGUGCAGAAUGGCAGCCAGCUCUUCAUCAAGGAGCUGCGGAGUCGGACCUUCCCCAGCGCGGAAGACGUGGUGGUCCGCGUGCCGGGCAGCCAGCUCACGCUGGGCUACAUGGAGGAGCACGGCUUCGCUGAGCCCAUUCUCGUCCCCAAGAAAGAUGGGCUGGGCCUGGCGGUCCCGGCCCCCACCUUCUAUGUCAGCGACGUCGAGAACUAUGUGGGCCCAGAGCGGAGCGUGGACGUGACAGACGUCGCCAAGCAGAAGGACUGCAAGAUGAAGCUGAAGGAGUUUGUGGACUACUACUACAGUACCAACCGCAAGCGGGUUCUCAACCUCACCAGCCUGGAGUUCUCUGACACCAGGAUGUCCAGUUUCGUGGAGCCGCCUGACAUCGUCAAGAAGCUGUCGUGGGUGGAGAACUGCUGGCCUGAUGACGCACUGCUGGCCAAGCCCAAGGUGGCCAAGUACUGCCUUAUCUGUGUGAAGGACAGCUACACCGACUUCCACAUCGACUCGGGCGGCGCCUCUGCCUGGUACCACGUGCUCAAGGGGGAGAAGAUCUUCUAUCUCAUCAAGCCAGCUUCAGCCAACAUUUCCCUCUAUGAGCGCUGGCAGUCGGCCGCGAACCACAGCGAGAUGUUCUUUGCCGACCAGGUGGACAGAUGUUACAAGUGCACCCUCAAGCAGGGCCAGACGCUCUUCAUCCCCUCGGGCUGGAUUUACGCCACGCUCACACCUGUGGACUGCCUGGCCUUCGCGGGACAUUUCCUCCACAGCCUGAGCGUGGAGAUGCAGAUGAGAGCAUACGAAGUGGAAAGGAGGUUGAAACUGGGCAGCCUGACUCAGUUUCCCAACUUUGAAACAGCCUGCUGGUACAUGGGGAAGCACCUGCUGGAGGCGUUCAAAGGUUCUCACAAGUCUGGGAAGCAGCUGCCCCCCCAUUUAGUCCAAGGAGCUAAAAUUCUCAAUGGUGCUUUUAGAUCAUGGACGAAGAAGCAGCUAGGUGUGAGCGACGUGAGGGACGUGUCCUUCUCGGGUGCCGCGGAGGCCUUCGCGAUGGUGGUGAACGUGAUCACCCGCUGA